GCCAAUGUAUUUUUGUUUUGAACAAUAAUAAAGUAAAGUACAAACUGAUUUUUGAAUACCUCCCUAAAUUUUAUGUAAUAAUUGUAAUUUAGAUAACGAUCAUAAAUGUUUAUUUAUAAAUUAUUUUCAUCAAUGUAACAAAUUAUGUGAUGUGAUUGAUAAUCUCACGAGUUCAACAGUUUUAAUAUAUUUCCCAAUUCUUCGUAUUUUCUCUGCCUCAAAAUAUUUACAUAAAGGGAUUUUAUAUCUAAUGGAAACCACAAAAGCUAACAGUGCAUUUCUGUGCAAUUAUGAAGUGAUGCAGAUUUUACAGACAUUGAAAGAUAAUACUCAAAAGAAACAUAAAAGAGAAGGAUCUUUAGCUACCGUUACAUAUGAGACGGUUAGAUAUUUGCAAGAUACAGAAUGUAAAAAUCAAACUGCGGAUUCAGUUAGAAAAUUCUUGGAAGCAAUGAAACCCUUCAAGUUAACUAAAUUGGAGAAAUUAAUGAUGGUUAAUACUCCACCGAGAACUGAGCUAGAAAUACAAUUAAUUGUACAAGAAAGUGAGGAGCGUUUGUCAGAAGAUGAUGUACAGAAGAUUAUUCAAAUUGUAAAUGAGUUCUUCCCACCAACCUCAAGCUAACAUAAGCCACAAUGUAAUUUAAGAUAUAGUAAAUAAUAUAUUUUAUGUAAUAAACAGUUUAAAAUAUUA